AUGAAGAAGGAUGUGGCUGAUUGGGUUGCGAGGUGCGACACUUGCUACUUGGUGAAGGUCAAGCAUCAGGUUCUGGGAUUGCUAGUGUCACAGACGUUUGAUGGCAUUUGGGUCAUUAUGGACCAACUUACUAUGUCAGCACAUUUUUUGGCAAUUAAGAAAAUCGAUGGAAUGACGGUUUUAGCUAAGAAGUAUGUAAAAGAGAUAGUCAGAUUGCCUGGUGUGCAUGGGAGACAAAAACCUGAGAUGGCCGAUCAACAGCUUGGAGUGUUAAAAGCACUAGAUGUUGCGAAGACGCAGCUAUACCAUUUCACAGCGAUUGUCAUCGCCGGUAUGGGUUUCUUUACGGAUGCCUAUGAUCUUUUUUGUGUGUCCUUGGUCACCAAGCUCCUAGGCCGCCUCUACUACUUCAAUCCAGAGUCAGCAAAGCCUGGCUCCCUUCCCCCUCAUGUUGCGGCUGCGGUUAAUGGUGUGGCCCUCUGUGGGACCCUUGCUGGUCAGCUCUUCUUUGGAUGGCUCGGUGACAAACUUGGACGGAAAAAAGUGUACGGUAUCACUUUGAUCAUGAUGAUCGUGUGCUCUGUUUUUUCGGGUCUCUCAUUCGGUAGCCAUGCCAAGGGGGGGAGACAAAAACCUGAGAUGGCCGAUCAACAGCUUGGAGUGUUAAAAGCACUAGAUGUUGCGAAGACGCAGCUAUACCAUUUCACAGCGAUUGUCAUCGCCGGUAUGGGUUUCUUUACGGAUGCCUAUGAUCUUUUUUGUGUGUCCUUGGUCACCAAGCUCCUAGGCCGCCUCUACUACUUCAAUCCAGAGUCAGCAAAGCCUGGCUCCCUUCCCCCUCAUGUUGCGGCUGCGGUUAAUGGUGUGGCCCUCUGUGGGACCCUUGCUGGUCAGCUCUUCUUUGGAUGGCUCGGUGACAAACUUGGACGGAAAAAAGUGUACGGUAUCACUUUGAUCAUGAUGAUCGUGUGCUCUGUUUUUUCGGGUCUCUCAUUCGGAAGCCAUGCCAAGGGUGUCAUGACCACCCUUUGCUUCUUCAGGGUCAGUCAGGUUUNCUUCGACAAAAAGUUCCCAUCGCCCACUUAUGAGCAAGACAGGUUUCUCUCAACGCCCCCUGAAGCUGAUUACAUUUGGCGUAUCAUUGUCAUGUUUGGUGCUCUACCUGCUGCAUUGACCUACUAUUGGCGUAUGAAGAUGCCUGAAACUGCUCGUUACACUGCUUUAGUCGCCAAGAACAUCAAACAAGCCACACAAGACAUGUCCAAAGUCUUACAAGUGGAGCUUGAGGUUGAAGAAAGGGAUGAUGACCCCAAACUCAACUAUGGCUUGUUCUCCAAGGAAUUCUUGAAACGCCAUGGGCUUCCACUCCUUGGGUGUACCUCCACUUGGUUCUUGCUUGACAUUGCCUUCUACAGCCAAAACUUGUUCCAAAAGGAUAUUUUUUCGGCCAUCGGAUGGAUUCCAAAGGCAGCCACCAUGAAUGGUAUCCAUGAGGUUUUCAAGAUUGCUAGGGCACAGACACUCAUCGCGCUUUGUAGUACUGUUCCAGGUUACUGGUUCACAGUCGCGUUCAUUGAUAUCAUGGGAAGGUUUGCAAUCCAACUAAUGGGAUUCUUUUUCAUGACUGUGUUUAUGUUUGCCAUUGCCUUCCCUUACAACCAUUGGAUUAAACCGGAUAACCGUAUCGGUUUCGUGGUUAUGUACUCUCUUACGUUCUUUUUUGCCAACUUUGGUCCAAAUGCAACCACUUUUAUUGUCCCUGCUGAGAUCUUCCCAGCCAGGCUAAGGUCUACAUGCCACGGUAUAUCAGCCGCGACAGGGAAGGCUGGAGCCAUCGUUGGAGCCUUUGGGUUCCUAUACGCAGCUCAACCACAGGACAAGAGCAAGGUGGAUGCUGGAUACCCACCAGGCAUUGGAGUUAAGAACUCAUUGAUCGUGCUUGGUGUUAUUAACUUUAUUGGUAUGCUUUUCACAUUCCUCGUCCCUGAACCCAAGGGCAAGUCCCUAGAAGAACUCUCCGGAGAGGCUGAGGUUGAUAAAUAA